AUGUAUUUACUCUCUCUCUUCCUCGCUUACUCUACUCUCGCCUCAGCUACGACAUACUUCCUCACCGUCUUCGCCCCGGAUACCGAGGUCGACGGCGCGUUGCUAAAUGCUGCUGCUCAGGGCUUCUACGCUGGUAUCUCAGGACCCGAAACCUACUGUCCUAAGGGCAUCUCGUGUCCUGAUGUACAGGGAUCUCUAGUAUAUGAUGGCUUAACCGGAAUGGCUGUUGAAGUCCCCGGCGGCCAAGCCAUCUACGUCGCGCCCUCAGGUCAAAUAGAAUACACACAGGCGCACUCAGCAUACGAGCCAGCAGGUUCGUUAACAGGAGGUUGGUUCCACAAGACAGUCUUGUCAGAUUGCGAUCCCACUCGCGAUGUGCUCGACUUCUUACCCGUCGACGGCUCCAGCACCGGCGGCAUUAAGCUAUGUCCCCAAGUCGAGGAAUAUAUGGCCGGCACAGGUGCUAGCUACCGCUUAUACGCUGGGACAGCCGCCUUUAAUCUGUCCGGCUGCGUUGAUGCCGUUGGCCUCAACUUGCAUGGCGUUGCGGCCGAUUACGGGUGUUGGCAGUACGCCUAA